AUGGGUCUUGGACUUCUUCUCCCCAUCCGGAUCGCCCAGGCCGUAUUCGCCAUCAUCACAAUGUCCCUUUCGGCAUUCGUGGCACACUGGUACAACAACGAUACGCUCACAGCCUCUCCCUCUCAAGUAAACUUCCUCAUCUUCGUCUCCCUCUGGUCCUUUAUCUCAAUCGCCUACUUGGAGCUCACUCCUCGCUUCAUGCCCAAAAUCGCGACGCCCAUCAUCCACCUGGCCGUCAACCUGCUCCCUACAAUCUUCUUCUUCUCGGGCUUCGUUGCGCUCACCGUAUUCCUCGGCAAACUUCUCUUCUGCCGCGGCUCCGUCUGCGGAGCUGCCCGCGCAGACGCGGCCUUCGCCUUCUUCUCCUGGCUCCUGUGGACCGGGUCAUCAGCGCUCGUCGGCCUACAAAUGUUCAAUGGCAGGUUUGCUGACAUGAAAACCGACAACCAGGCCAAGAGCGCGAUGAAGGAGGCGCCCGUAGGCCUUGGCGCGUGA